UGCAUUGGACAUCGCGGUUGAAUUAACACAUUCUGCAUCACAAGUCUAUUUAAGCAUUCGUAGAGGAAAACUUCCAUGGAUAGUACCACGCUUUGUAAAUGGUAAAGCGCGUGAUCAUAAUCCAUCUCGUUUCUUUGCAUAUUUCAUUUCACCUUCUAUUAGAGGAAAAAUUCUAGAAAACAAUAUUAUUAAAUCUUUUCCAUUUCCCUCUCAUCUAAUGCCUACUGAUCCUAUAAUUGCUACAUAUCCUACUGUAAAUUCUGAAUUUUAUCAGUCCUUCUCAGCUGGUACAAUUAUUGUAAAGCCGAACAUUAAAGAAUUUAAAUCUGAAAAUAAUCAAAUUGAAUUCGUUGAUGGGACUAUCUUGGAGAAUAUUGAUGUUGUUAUUUAUUCUACUGGUUUUUCUAUUGAUCAUCCAUAUUUAGAAAAACAUAUUUAUACUGGUGGUGAUGAAAUUGAACAAGAAUAUGGAAAAGAAUUUCAUGAUAUAGUUUGGUUAUAUAGAUCGAUAUUUCCUCCAAAGUAUCCAAAUAUCGCUUUUAUUGGAUUGACAUUAGGCGCUAAUGCUUUUUUACCGGUUAG